AUGGGGUUAGUCCAUAGCCGCCUGGAACAAUUGGAGCAAGAGCGGGAGAAACAGAAGGAAACCGAAAGGUAUCUCAAAGAGGAGAUGGAGCGGCGAAAAGAGUUAGAAAGAAAACUCUUACAGCUGAAAUCCUCCCUCAAGAGUCACAACUCCCGCGACGAACAGGACGACCAACUCCCGGAUUUGUACAGGAGGAAGGUUUUCUUCAACUAUGAGAAGCGCAUGCGUUUGCAUAGUCCUCCCGAGAAGGUAUUUGAAUACUUUGCAUCAUGCCGGAGUCCGGAAGGAGAGGUGCUGAUGGAGGCAGCAGACCUAAUGAGAGCAGUGGUUCCGGUGUUCCCGCCGUCGGAAUCGAAUCUUGUGAGGGAAGGAUACUUGAAAGGUGAAAGAAGAAGUCCAGGCCACCUUCGUUGUCCCCCUUCUCUGUUUUUCAUGCUCUUUGAUGUCAACAAUGAUGGCCUUAUAUCUUUCAAUGAGUAUAUCUUUUUGGUAACACUACUUAGCAUACCAGAAUCAAGUUUUUCUGCGGCAUUUAAAAUGUUUGACAUGGAUAAUGAUGGGGAGAUAGAUAAGGAAGAAUUCAAGAAAGUGAUGGCAUUGAUGCGAUCUCAUAAUAAUUAUAGACAAGGUGCUCAUCACCAUAGGGAUGGAAUGAGAAAAGGCUCAAAGGUCAAUGAUGAUUAUGUAGAAAAUGGAGGUGUUUUGGAAUAUUUUUUUGGCAUAGAUGGAAAGGGACGCCUUAGCAUUCAUAGAUUCUUGCAAUUUAUGAGAGACUUGCAUCAUGAAAUACUAAGGCUGGAGUUUGAUCAUUAUGACUACAAAUCAAGAAAAACCAUAUCUGCCAAGGACUUUGCUCUCUCAAUAGUUGCAUCUGCUGAUCUGAGUCAUCUGGGUAGGUUGCUAGAUUUGGUUGAAGAAAUGAACAAUGAUCCAAGCUUUAAGGAUGUACGCAUCACAUUUGAAGAGUUCAACAAUUUUGCAGAGCUAAGGAAAAAAUUGCUACCAUUUUCAUUGGCCAUUAUUGGUUUUGCAAAAGUGAAUGGCUUGUUAAGAAGAGAAGAUUUUCAGCGAGCUGCAUCACAUGUUUGUGGAUUAUCACUUUCUGAUAACGUGGUUAAGAUUGUUUACCAUUUGUUUGACACAAAUGGGGAUGGACACUUAAGUUCAGAUGAGUUUGUAAGAGUGCUACACAACAAAGAAAAUGAUAUCACUCAACCUAUGGAGACAGGGAUCUUGCGUUUCUUGUCUUGCUGUUGGAACUGUAAGCAUAGCUUCCCAUACUCGCGGUUGUUUUCUUAGGUUCAUACUAUUUCUCAGAUGGUAGAAACAGAAAUUUGUUUGGUUUCUUCUAUAUUUCUU